AUGGGGCCGCCAUUGAAAUCGUUGUCCCUCCUUGGGGUACUUAUUGCAUAUGCUGUCUACACAUUGGGCCCCCUGGUACACCGGGCGGUGACCACUCUGGGCGUCCUACGGCGGUAUCCUGAUGGCGCUUCUGUGAAGGGCGAAAUCAUCGCCAUCCCCGACACGGUCCACUGCGAGGACCUCCACUACUAUGCCCCAAGUGGCACACUCUUCACUGCUUGUGAGGACAAUGCCGAUACGCGGUUCAAGUGGUUCCCUGGACUGGCCAACUUCGAUGAUCCCGAGCUCGCCAGCAAGAGCAGAGGCUCCAUUCAUGUCAUUGACCCCAAGACUAUGCAAUCGCACCGGCUGAGGUUCGAGAAUUUUGAGGGUCCCUUCAUCACCCACGGAAUCGAUGUCAUUCCAGAUAGCGCAUCUACAGAUGGUCAGGCCGUCUACAUCUUUGCCAUUAACCACGUUCCCGAGACGGCGCCGUCCGGGGUUAAGAGUCCAAAGGCACGAUCCCAGCUCGAGCUUUUCCACCAUGUCGUCGGCUCCCCUACCAUCCAACACGUCCGCUCAAUCUGGCAUCCUUUGAUACGGACGCCCAACGACAUCUUCGCCGAGAGCCCAACCUCGCUUUAUGUAUCCAACGAUCAUCGCCACCCCUACGCAGGCUUGAUGCGCGCUAUUGAAGACCUCUACUUUGGUGCCAAGUGGACAAACAUUGUGCAUAUCCAACUUGACUCGUUAGCCGCAGCAGAUGCCGCUUCUGACCUGGCUGCCAGAGUUGUCCUGAGCGGCCUGCACAACGCCAAUGGUCUUGGCCACGGCCGGUCAGAGCGGGAGAUACUCAUCUCGAGUUGUACCAGCGGUGUCCUCCAUGUUGGCCAACUCCCGGAUGACCUGGAAACUGGUAACAUCACAAUAGUCGAAUCGAUGGAGAUCGACUCUGUUGCGGAUAACCCAAGCUACUUCGCCGAUCCUUACGCUCUCACUCCUGUGGAUGACCGGAGUGGCUUUCUCGAGGCCGGCUUAUCGAGAGGCAUCGACCUUGCACGCACCCACCGAGAUCCGACCGCCAAAGACCCCGUCAUGGUCACCUAUCUGAGGCCUUCGCUGGGGCGCUGGGAGAAGCGAAUUCUAUUCGAGGACGAUGGCACUAUCCUCAGGAGUAUCAGCUCAGCCGUUCUUGUGCCAAUCGACCCGGUAGACGAACUGAACAAGGGCGGCGUCCCAGGCGCAAGGAAGGCGUGGCUAUUUGCCACGGGUUUCCUAUCCAAGAAUAUGAUUGCGCUAAAAGUCGACCUGUGA